UAUUCGCUCAUAACCCCGUAUAGCGAUAAACAAGCAUCAACCAAAACCCCCCUAAACACAAAAAAGGUCAACUCAACUCAACUCAAAAUCCCCCCAAAACAAUGCAACAACAAGAUUCCGAUCUCCCCAUCCUUGCUAACAUCAAAAUCAAAUCCUCAUCCCCACGUUUCCCCCCACCCACCACCCCACCCACCGAGACCCCUACAUCCAACGCUCAACGCAAAAUCGGCAUCGCCGUUGACUUAAGCGACGAAUCCGCUUUCGCUGUUAAAUGGGCCGUCCACCAAUACCUCCGUCCAGGUGACGCCGUCAUCUUAGUCCAUGUCCGUCCAACUUCCGUCCUUUACGGAGCUGAUUGGGGUUCUGUCGAUCUAUCCAUUGUCGAUACUGAAAACGAAGAGAAUCAACGUAAACUCGAGGUUGAUUUCGAUACUUUUACUACCACUAAAGCAUCUGAUUUAGCUCAACCUUUAGUUGAUGCGAAUAUUCCGUUUAAGAUCCAUAUUGUUAAGGAUCAUGAUAUGAGGGAAAGGUUGUGUUUGGAAGUUGAGAGGUUAGGGCUUAGUGCUGUUAUUAUGGGGAGUAGAGGAUUUGGAGCUACUAAAAGGGGAAGUGAUGGGAGGCUUGGGAGUGUUAGUGAUUAUUGUGUUAGGCAUUGUGUUUGUCCUGUUGUGGUUGUUAGGUAUCCUGAUGAUAAGGAGAGUGGAAAUAAUGAUGUUGUUGAGCCGGUGGUUUCUGUUGCUUCGGGUGCUGUUGAAGAUGAUGAUGAGGAAGCUGAGUUUCAUGAUGCUUCUGAUGAUCGAAAAGAUUCAUAAUGAAGGUGGGCGAGGUCUUCCCUUGGCUUGCACUAGCAUUGACCAGCUUCCAUGAGAACCAGUAGGCCCUUUGUGAUGUCUGGAGUCAUUUUAUGUAAAUGAACUUUUAUAGCUUGUUUCCCUCUGCAUCAACUUAUUAUGCUCCCCCCGUAGAUGAUUGUAUCUGUUAUGCUUGUCAUAUGCGCAAUGUUGUUACUUGAUUGUCUUUAGAUACUUGCAGUGCAAUCUAAACGUUUUUUAU